AUGUAUGUACCGAAAUGGGUACCCACAAUGCAACAAAACUGAACCAUUUCCACUUUGCUGGAGAAAUUUAAAUGUUUACAAACUUGUGUUUAUGGCUUGAAUUCGAUAUUGGUGUCUAUUGUAUAGGUUAAUUGUGCAACUAUUAAAUAAAGCUGUAUAUUCUUGGGAAAUCAGAAAAAAGACAUCAUGUCAAAGGCAAAGGCUCAGCAGCCAGCAGUUAUACACAAGGUGAUAAUGGUUGGCAGUGGAGGUGUAGGAAAAUCAGCAUUAACAUUACAGUUUAUGUAUGAUGAGUUUGUAGAGGAUUAUGAACCAACAAAAGCUGAUUCUUACAGGAAAAAAGUUGUUUUAGACGGUGAGGAAGUUCAGAUAGACAUUUUAGAUACAGCAGGACAAGAGGAUUAUGCUGCAAUCAGAGACAAUUAUUUUCGUAGUGGUGAAGGAUUUUUAUGUGUAUUCUCAAUAACAGAACAAGAAUCAUUUCAAGCCACAGCUGAAUUUAGGGAGCAAAUUUUACGUGUCAAAAAUGUUAAUAGUGAUAAAAGUGACGACAGCAUUCCUUUUCUGUUGGUUGGGAACAAAGCUGAUCUAGAAGACAAACGACAAGUCCCUGUAGAGGAAGCCCAACAACGAUGUCAACAAUGGAAAGUUCCAUAUGUAGAAACUUCAGCUAAAACCAGGGCUAAUGUUGAUAAGGUAUUUUAUGAUCUAAUGAGGGAAAUAAGGUCAAGGAAGAUGGAAGCUAGUAAACAAAACAAUGGAAAGAUCAGAAAAAAAGAAAAAUCCAAGAGAAAAUGUACAAUUUUAUGAACAAAUAUUUGAACAUAGAAUGCCUUUUAAACAUGACAUUGUAUUAUUUUAGUCAGGCUUGAUCUAAAUGUUACUGCUACCAGUGUUAAACAUUGUAUGAACAGCUUCAGAUAAGUCUUCUGAAUAUAGCUGAUGGUGUCAUACCAGUUCUGAAAGUGAAAUGUCAUAAAUAAAUAAAUAUUGAUUGCAAAAAAUACAUAUUUAAAGUUUAUAUGUCUUUAUGCUGAUUACUAGUAUUUCUUUUAAAGUAAAAUCUAUAAUCCGAUCUUUUUCAGCUGUAUUUAUUUCAAAGUGUACAUUCCAUCACAGUUCGAACACUGUUUUUAGAAAAAACUUUCAUGGAAAAAUGAAAUAACAAAAUAACAAAAUAAAGUUAAUUUGUGUGCUUUCCUUGUCUUUAUAUUUUGACCAUAGCAUAGCUGCUUUAAAAAUCUAAGUUUCUGUUGUAUUUCUGUUGUAAAUCUUUAUAUUGAUAUGAAUAUUGUGCAUCGAUGAUCAUUGUGCAUUUAUUUGUAAUUGUUUUUCUAUUUUCUAUUAUACAACACUGGUCAUGUAGGUUUUUGUUUAGGUAAAACAUAGCAAAUCAUUUUGGGUCUGGUGUCUUUAAUUGUCAUUAUUAAAAAUUGAAAAUUCAACAAAAACAUUAUUAAUUCUAGAAUAAUAAUUAAGUUUGAAUAUCAAUAAACAUUAUCAGUUAUUAAGCCUAUAGGCAUCAUAAAUUUUGAAAAAGGCCAAAAUAAAUAAGUAGCAUUAGGACCUUUAAAAGAACCUCAUAUUUGUAUUGUGUUUUUAUCUGUUAAUUUUCUUGUUUAUAGUAAGAAGCCAUGUUUGAUUGUACUUGGGUAUAAAAAACAGAAAAUACAAUAAAAAAAUAAAAUAAAAUAAAAUAAAAUAAAAUGUUUCAGUAAUGUUUCCCAUAUUCCAUUUGAAAACUAUGGUGUUCCAAUGAAUAAUUUUGUGAACAAAAUGUUUACUUACUGAAAUUUGAGUUUCCAAGAAAAAACAGAUAACAGUACAUGUAGUUAUAUUGUGACAUUUUGUUAAAAAAACUUCAAACAAACACACAAACUGUACUAUUGUUUUACUUUUACUUUUAUAUAUCUUGAAUAGAAUCUCAUUUAAUAUUGUCUUCCUUUUCCCUACAUAUUCAACAUUAAAUACUGAGAAUGACUGGUGAUUUGGAUAUGCCUUUAUAAAAAUAGUACUGUAAAGCCCUUCAUUGAGAACUGGAUGCGGUAGUUGAGGUAGCUUUGUUGUACAACUGAUGGAUAAUAGAACAUUUAAAUCAAGCCUUGGUUUUACAAUCAUUUAGUAUUAUGACACAUAAUGUAUCUUCUCAGCAGAUUCAUCUGCUUUUAUCUCAAAUUUAUAUGUAUUUAAAAAUUUAAAAAUCAGUAACUUAAUAAAAAAAUGUAACAGUUCAAGCAAGCUAUGAUGAAAAGAAAUGUUCAAAGCAAUCCAUGCCUGGAAAAGUAUUAUUCACUCAAUCUAUCUUGAAUACAUUAAGAGUGUUUUAGCAAUACUUAUGGUCUAAACUAUUUAUUGAAAUAACACAAAUAAUUUUGUUAAUUUAUAAAUUUCAAUUUUAAUCAGAACAAUAUUUAUAUCACAAUGUUAUCAUUACUUUUUAAUAUCACAAAUAUGUUAUCAUUGUCUGUUUUUAUUCCCACCAAAUUGUUUAUGGGAACAAUCAAGACAUUUUAUGUGUUACCAUUUGGUUAUUUUAAUCUUUCAUUUCUGUAUGCCAAACCAACAUUUUACCUUUUUCUGAUGAAAUAUAUAUUAAUAGAUUAUGAUUUCAUCAUUAAUCAACAGUAUAACAGAAAUUAAACAAACAGCAAUUUUAAGCUGUUAUUAAUUUGAAUAAAAGUUUUAAAACUUUUUAAAUAUUGCUUUGUGCAAUUUGUUAUACUAGUCUGUGUUAUGUAUUGUCUUGUUUCCAGUGUAAUGAUAUUUUAUGUAAUGGUAGAAACAUAUUUCUUCAUUUGUCUUUAUGUUAUCUUGUAAUCAAUGUCAUAUGUGAAUAGGUGGAACAAAAGUUUAAUCCUGCGCAAUGUAACUUAAAGUGCUUGUCUUGUAUUUAUUAUAUUAAUAUUCUUAUAAAUUUGAGGACAGAUUGUGAUGUAUCUGAUUGGUAAAAAGGGAACACAUAACAAACCUUUCACAAUAGACGAUAUAUGUGGCUCAUCUUUGUGUUUAAAGACAUUGUUAGGUGAAAUGAUCAGACGAAAUGAAAGUAUUUUUAUUGAUGAAGAACAUAAAUUUUUCAAAAGUUUCAAGAACAUUUUAAUGUUUGAAAGCUGUAGCAGUCUGCUAAUGUUUUUGCUUGAAAGACUCAUAUUUGAGUUAUGUAAAGAUUAAUCAAAACAAAAUUUAUUUGGAUAUUAUUUUUAUACGAUCAGGUUAAGAGUGCAAUUUUUUUGUAGGUGUAUUACUAAAGGUUAAUCAGAAUUAAGCACAGAGCUUUCCAUACUAAUUAUGUUUGUCUAUGUGAAAUAUUACUGGUAAUUCUAUACAAAACCAAAUUAUAUAUAAACCUUUGUACUGUGGAUUUAUAAUUAUUCCUGUGUCACCAAUUUGAGGAGAUUGGUUGGUAUAGGUGAACUAUGAAUAUGUCAAACUAAAUACACAUUUACAUUUACUAUAGCUUGUAUGCAGGUUUUUGGAAAAUCCUCAAAAUCAAAUAUCUAUGAAAAUGGAAUUUUCCCUAAAACCACCAACGAAAAUAUAUGAAUUCACAGAAUAUAUGAAUAGUAAUGCUAUGUUAUUACUGUACAUAAAUAACAUAAUGCACAUUAUAUUUUCACAAAAUCAUCUUUUUUAGUUAGAGACUUUAUAAACAUGACAGAGGAAAUAGAUGAAAGAUCAAUUAUGCAAUCUCUCUUUUUGAUAUAUGUAAUGUUCCUUGUACAAAUCAUUAUAUGUUUACAUAACUAGUAAUUAUUAUUCUAGAUAGAGUAAAUGUAUACCUAGUUAGGUUACACAAGUGUAAAAUCAGCUUUUACAACAUACUUAUAGAAGUUCUUUAGUGUAUUGUAUAUAAAAUACUCUUGCAUGACUUUAUGUCAUUGUUUGAAAUAAUAGGUAAUGACUAUUGCUAAUGUGUUAAUCAUACAAUUCAUUACUUGUAAUUGGUUAUAGUUUUUGAUGACAAACAUUUUCAGCAGUACGUAUUUCAACAACAAUUAAGUAAACUAAGGUAUUCAAAGAAUGUGUGCCUAUGUUAUAUUUAUACAUAAGGAAGAAAGAGAGGGAUACCAUGAAAAUAAACCUAAAAAAAUCAAACCCAUGUUUAUUUGUGCAAUACUUAUUAAUUGAAUUUGUAAUAAGAUGUUUUUGAAAACAGUAUAGUAAUAUAGUGUAAUCAAAUCUUGAUCUGUAUACAUAUGAUCUGUAAAUGUAGAAGUUAGAAGUUUCAUCAAAUUAGCAGUAAAAGGGAUAAGGACAUGAAUACAGGGUCCCUAAUGGGUACUGCUAAAUGUAAACAUAAUAUAGUUCAUGCUUGGCAUUAUUAUGAUAUUUAUAUUGUCUGGUGAAUUCUGCUUCUGUCUUUCUGUUUAAUACUUAUGUUAUGUAUUUAAUUGCAUCUUUAUUUAAUAAAUUGAAACUCUUGUAA